AUGGAUCUUUGCCCGGAUCUCGUUGAUCAAUCAUCAUCAAGGCCUAUUGUCAAGCAAGAAGUUGGUACGGACAAUGUAGCCACAACUGAAGCUACCAUCAAUCACCUUGAGGACGAUUAUGCUGACGAAGGGAUUGAAGAAGGACCUUCUGAAAGUGGAGACAGCACUAAAGACUUCUCAAAAUCACCAGAAGGCUCAACUGAAGACAAUGAAAAGAAAACCAACCCAAACGAUAAACCGCCAUUCUCCUACAACGCUCUCAUAAUGAUGGCAAUCAAAAGUAGUAGCGAGAAAAGGUUGACUCUAUCUGGCAUCUAUGACUACAUUAUGACAAAUUAUCCCUUCUAUCGUGACAAUAAACAAGGGUGGCAGAAUUCGAUUCGCCACAAUCUGUCGUUAAAUAAGUGCUUUGUGAAAGUGCCAAGAAGUUUUGAUGAUCCUGGAAAAGGUAAGUACAGGACAAUAAUAAUUUUUGCAUAUUGAAA